GAGCUGGGCCGCUUCAUGGAGCAGGCGCCGCAGGCGCUCUUGAACGACAUUGCCCAGUUCUUGGAGGAGAGGAAGUUGGGGCGCCAGUUCAUGCAGGGCGUCGUCAAGCACCACGACGUGGCGUGCCUCCUGCUGUUCUGCAGCGGCGAGAGCGAUCCUGGCCCUCGAGCGCGGGCCAUGAAGGUGAGGGUGGUCUCCGAGGCGGCGAGGCUCAGCGCCGACUUCGAUUCCGCGGGGCAACUCGAGCUGCGGGUUGCCGCGGGCUGCUGCGACAUCAGGCUGGUCCCUGGGGUCAUGCGCAGCAUCAAUGGCCAGGGCCCCAGCUGGGAGCAGAUGGAGCGCGUGCUGGCCGACGUCGUGGGGGGCGGGCCCCACGGUCGGAAGCGGCGCCCGCCCGGGGCGCUGUUCGCCAGGGGGGCAGAGGCAGAGGCGAGACAAUCCAGGAGAGUGCGGGUCGCUGAUCCUUUGCCGCCAGUGCCGCUGCCCGACGCUGGUGGCCAGGCGUCCGCGGGCGGCGGCGACGGCGCCAGCGCCUCCCACGCCGUCGCCAUGGCAGCUGCGCCUCUGUGCGCCGACAUUUCCAAGUACGACCAGUACGACAAGGUUGAGUGCCAGAGUAUGUUGGUUAUUCGCGAUCAGCAGAUCGAACAGAAGGACGCCGAGAUUGAGAGGCUUCGGAACACGCUGGCAUCCAUGACAACCAGCCGCGAUCACUACGCAGCGAGGGCGGCGCAGAUUGGCGCGCAGCUCGUCGAGCAAGAGGGGCAGUCCCGGGCAUUGCACGACCUUGUCUGUUGGCGACCUAGAAGAAAUGUGACCCCGUUCGGGGGGUACAACUUGGCCCUCCGCAGAAAUCGAGGCCACGCGGGGGCAGGUGCAGCUGCGCUCAUGAUUGCGUGUGACAGCGUCCGCGGGCACAUCACUGACUACAAGACAGUCGUGACUUACGAAUACAGGGCGCACAUCGUCAAGCGCCUCAGGUCUUUCGAGUUCCACCGCGAGACGGCGUCGUGCUGCCUCCAAGUCCAUCUCAUCCAGAGCGACGGGACGAACCACGAGGCAGUGCAGCGGGAGAAGGUCCACACGUCCUUGAUCACCACGGUAGUGGCUGUCGAUGGCGCCGAGGAUGCAGUUGCCGAUUUGGCCGAUUCUGACGCGCUUGUGCCCGUGCUCGAGUCGCCCCCGGCCAGGCCCGCGUGGGCUCGCCGCCACUGCGUUGUCGGGGACCUCCAGGCGGUGACAGAGGGCUCGGGCAUGGCGAACCGAUUGCUCCACAUCAAGGAGUUGCGGUCUGUCGGAUGCCCUGCGUGGACGGAUCCGCCGCCUUGGAGGCCCGUCGCGCCAGGCGACGGCGCUCGAGCCAGGGCGUUCAUCUUCGGCGUGGACGCUGGCAGCGAGAACACGCACAUGCUCAAGGCUGUGAAGAGGGACUUGGCCACGCAGCCCUUGAUUAUGGUCAUGGGCAUUUUCUGCUACAUGCAUCAGGUGCACAUCGCCGUCAAGGGCGCGCUGGAGCUUCUCGAUGCAUGGGACUGGCAAGCCCCGCACACGCUGGAGGGCAAGUCCCGCUACGUCGGCCGCGUCGCGACGAUCUCGAAUGUGUGGCGUGCCACAGGUGGGAUGAAGAAGAUCAUGGCCGCGGCGGAGUCUGAGUGCGAUGACGGAGUGGCCAGGGCGUAUUUCUCCAAGAUGCCUGGGAGGGUCUUGAAAGGGCGGUGGGGGUCCAUAGACUCCGUGGAGAAGAUGCUCACGAAGGCGUCUCCAUACUUGCCGAAUGUGUUCAGGAAGGCAUUCCCCGACGGGGGCCGCGCGGCCCCCGCGCAUGGCCCCGCCGCGGACGAGGCGGACCAGUACGCAGAGGACCAGAAGAACCAUCGACAGAACGCAAGGACGUCUUGUUGCCAGCCGCUGUUCCUGGCGAUGAUGCAUAUCUCUCUUGUUGCCAAGGGGCCGCUCGCUCAUUUCUUGAACUGGGCACAAAAGAGAGUUGCGGAUACUAAUGGCAUGCAUCAGAAGUCGAUGGCCGUGCGCGGGCAGCCUUACAUGGGCCCGACCCCGCUCUCGGAGCUUGUGACAGAGCAAUGCGCAUCUACCCAUCGUGAGCUCAGCAAUCUGCUGACGCCGUUGGCUGGCGGCCACGGGGAGGCAAACGGCGUCUGGGGCAGAGCUCUGGAGUUGGUGCCAGAUGACGAAAGACCGCAGGCCUUCCUCCUCAUGGUCUCCCUCGUCUUGCAGGAGCACGCGCAGUGGGCGGAGCGCAUCGUGGCCCGCGUUGGCUCCUUUCCUUUGCAGCUCUUAGUGGCGCUGAAGAGCCCGCUGGCCGUGGACGACCCUGCCCGUCGCGAGAUGGCUGGCCGACUCCUGGCCGCCCACGCCUGCUGCGUGGAGGACGGCUUCAGCGACGUCGCCGUGAAGACCAGGGAGAUCUUCAAGGAGGAGUUUCGCAUCAUGCGAGAUACGGGCACUUGCCCCGCCUCGCUGGCACAAUGGAUCGCACUACUUCGGUCGAACGCGACGGUGACCACCCAGGAGAUCGAGGGGAUGAACAGUGUGAUCCAGGCAAUUGGAAAGGCCGCCCCAUUUAUCCAUCUGCCUCUAGUCGCCGCUCGCAUCGGACUCAAGAAAGGCGACGCCCUUUCGGCCGAGGAGUGCGUCGCGAGGCACGCUGAGGCGAGAUUGUUCCAGGGCGCGGAGGAGAACAACAACCGCUUCGCGAACGCUCUGCCCGUUGCCGACGUCGCCGCCCCGGGCCCGUAUGCUGGAUGCCCGCACCGGGCAACUGAGCAUGCCCUCCAGGCAGCCAGGUUCGCCAAAUCCUUGCAGGAUUACCACGCGACUUGCGAUGAUCGCGCGUGGGUCUCGCGGGCCUACUCUUUGGCGCCGCCCGCGGCCGACGGCGACGCCGCUGAGCGCCCUGCCUUCGUGAUAUCUUGGACUUAUUGUGGCGCUGCAUUCGUUGCCCUUGGCCAGGUCAACGCUGCUGGCGAUUUGUUGGAGUUGAAUCUUCCUCUGGCGAGCAGGCGCCUGAUUCUCCACAUCGCCGACGCCUUCGCUGAUCGGAUAUUCCCCGCGCAGCUCCGCGUGUGGUGUUGGGGCCUUCAGUGGAUCUCCCCGAGCGCCGCCAUCCUGUCAGAGGGGUGGCGCCAGAGGAACCGCCAGCUCCAUGGCCCCCCUGAGAUCGAUGCGCUAGCAGAGGCUCUCGGGCUACUCUUGCCAGACGAGGACGUUCUGGCACCUGGGCAGGAUGGGCCGAUUGACGCUGAGCACCCAGAGCACUCGCGCUUGGACGAGAACGGAGCAGACCUGGACGACGAGAGAGGGGAGGAGCCAGUGCCCGACGCAGAGCCAGCAGAUCCUGCAGCGUGCCCAUUUCUUGAUUUGGAUGUAGCUGAGUUGAAAGCGCGACACGCUGUCCAAGUGGCGAGCGUAGAGGACGCGCUCCGCAGUGUAGCAGCCCGUCAGCCGAUGCCUGCAGAGCGUGGGUCCGUGGGCCUCUUGAUCACGAAAGAGGAGGAAGUCUUGUAUGUUCAAUGGACGCAAGUGAACCUGAUGAAGGCCAGACCCAUCAGCUUCAACUACUUGGAGGGCGGGGCCAUCAACUUCAAGGCUACGCCCGCCUUCGCAGUUCCCGAGCAGACGUAUGACGAGGCCACGAUCAUCAUGCGGGACACUGGCCUGAGGUUCACGCGGGGCAAGAAGGACGUGCAGCCUGCGCUGGAGGGCUGGCAGCUGCUGGCGUACAAGCUUCAUCAGGCCAAGCUGUUCGGUGGGCCGCUUGCCGAGGAUCCUCAUGUGAAGUGCGAGGUGUGCCAGUGCGCAGUGGACAUCGGCGCGGACAGGUACGUGGCGUCGCUGGUGGGAUGCGACUUUUCAUGUUAUCGGUGCCAGGUGUGCUGCAAGGACUGGCACGCAUGCUGCGCCGAGAAGUUCGGCGGCGUCAUCGCGUCGCCGUUCACGUGCCCGCUGUGC